UUAGCGACCGCACUGUUUACCUUUCGCUGCACACAGAAAUAGCAGAGGAAUGCCCGAGUUUCACCCAUAAUGUACUCUCACGGCUCGGAGAGUUUAAUUAAACAGGCAAGAGCGAUUCAGGAGCCUGAGCUGCAGAAGUUUCACAGCAGAUUAGUCAAGCUGCUCCAGGGGAAGGAGCUCGGUCAUGAGGCUGUCGACUCCCUGCAGAGGCUGCACCUCAUUCUCUCUGCUACCAAGUACACCAGGACGUUGCCCCCAGAGCUUCAGAGGAGACUUCAAUCCCUCCUCUCCUCACCUGCGGAGCAGUUUCAGGUGCUGAGCUCAGUUGUGCUCAGAGAGACGCUGCCCCUCUCUGGUCAGGAAGUGAACUACAACCAGGAGAACUUCAGUCAACUCAACAGUCAUGCUGCUGCCCUGCUGCUCUCACAGGUUGGAUCCAUGGCUGAUCUGUCAUCACUCUGCGCUCAGCUGCUCCGCAGUCUGGAAAGCCGACAAUCAGAGGGGUCGGCCAACUCGCUCACACACACCCUGCCGAUCCUCAACACCAUUCUCACACACAGCCCAGAGUGCCUCACUGAAGAUCACGUGACCCUCCUGAGUAAAAAGCUUGUCGAUUGGUUGCGUUAUGCUAGCAUCACUCAGGGAGGCAAUGCUUCCUCAGGAGGGUUCUUCACAGGGCCCAGGUCACGUCAGCCGGUACCUACAGCAGAGCUGGAUGGGACGGUGUCGGGGGAUUUCUUCACUGUGCUGUGUGUGGGCCAGGGCUUCACUGAGGACCAGUGGAUGAACGUCUACUCCUUUUCCAUGCUUCGCCAUUGGCUCCUCACCUACCACUCUGUUUCCAACAGCAACAACACAUCUGACACUGCAAACAGGCUGCAGCUCAGCCUCUCGCUCUCCCACUCCCACUCCUUUUCUAAUGAUGACCGGUCGGAGGUGGACGGAUCAGUGGUUUCCAUGGUUUCAGCGACCUCCUCCUCCAGCCGAUUGCUGCCUCCAAAGGAGCGUCUGAGAGAGAAGGCUUUCCAGUACUGUCAACGCCUCAUCGAACAGAGCGAUCGCAAGGCACACAAAAGGACAGAUACAGAUCUGCAGAAAGCGUGUCUGGUGGAGGCGGUGUGUAUCCUCGACUGUGUGUGUGGGGAGGACGCCUCGCUGGUCUUCCGAACGUUCCCGUGCAUUAAGGCGCUCUUCGGGCGGCUCAGCUCAGACCUGUCGUUUGCCAGAGUGCUGCUGCCCAUAGCUCAGUUCUACCUCAACCAUGGGGAGAUGGCUGCAGUGGAUUGUGAGAGUGUGUGGAAGCUGGUGUUUGGCCGAUUCCCUGCUGAGCUGUUCAACAACCAACUCCUGGCACACGAGUUUCUACGCUUCCUUCGACUGAACCUCAAAAGCCUACAGCUCCGAGUCCCACAGUACACCCACUCCUUCCCAAACCUGCUGAAGUUCUUAGCAUGGGACAGCCCAGCAGUGGUGGAUGACUUUGUGGAUCUGCUGCCUUCUCUGGUGACAGCUGGAACUGCAGUGGAGCUUCUCCACACUCUGCUGGACCUGCCCUGUCUCUCUGCCACGCUGGUCUUGCAAGUCAGGUCAACUUGUUUGCCCAUCUCUGAGCCAGGAGGGCGUGGCCUCCUGUCACUUGAUGCAUUUCGAAGCCAAUCUUAUCGAGGGCUUUUCCUCUUCUUGCUUCGAGGGGAAGCAGGCUCAGGUGACACAAUUGACCGACUUGGCACGCUCCAUGAGCUGCUAGCCGAGACUGCUGAUUGGCCGAGAGUUGUUCAGUGUGCCCAGACUGUGCCCGUGCUGUUGCAUAUUUUUUUCAACAAAGUCAUUGAGGUAGCUGAUGAGAAGCUUUUAGCACAUUUGGUUCAAGUGAUGCUGGAGAGAAGCAGCCUCCUCCUCAACAUCCCAAAAUACAAUAAAGAGAUACACAGGGUGUUCAGCAGCCACCUGCUGAGGUUGUGUAAGCUCCACCCGUCUCUGGUGGUGGACCAGUCUCACGAGCUGCUGGAGUUCGCUGGAGCCACAGCCAAGGUCUACAGCAAAGAAGAAAUCUACACACACGUGGUGUGGGUGCUGGGAGAAUACCUCUCCGUGUCGUGUGACUCUCGCUGCUCCGUGAGGCUCAUCACUUCCUGUUUUGAGACGUUGGAGGCCGUGCUGUUUGAGAUCACUUCAUCUGCCCCGCCCCCUGGGGCAGAUUGCCCCGUCCCGAGAGUCGUCACCUCUCUAAUGAGCGCGCUGGCUAAGCUGGCGUCACGAUCACAUGACCUCAUACCCAGGGUGUCUCUGUUCCUCUCCAAGCUAAGAACAGUAACCAGAGGUGGGACAGUAGCCUGGUGCUCAGAUGAAGAGGACCUUGUUGCCAUAGUAACCAGAGGUGAGGAGUUGUGGUCGCUGCUGAAGGCUCCCGGUGUGGCUCAGAGCGUCCUGACCCCACCCCCUCCUGUCACCACGCCCCAGUGGCACAGAGACACCAACAUGGCCAUGCCCCUGCGACUGAGGGCCCUCACCAACCUCACACACUCACAGUGAUACCACACACACAUACACACACACACACAUACAUGCACACUGACCUGCACACAACACAUCGUUGUUUUGAAUUCGCACUUAGAGAUUCCCUCAUGAAAUGAAUCUUUUAUGAUACUUGCACAUUAUUUUUGUUAAUAAAUGACAUUAUUUGAUUG